AUGGAUCCUUAUAACAGUCAACAUACUGUUUCGUUUAGUAACUAUGAAGAUAGUCCAGGAACAGAAGCCUCAAACUUUGAUGGAGCCACGGCUGUAGGGAAAAGUGUACGUCGGAAAUGGACUCCAAAUGAUGAUAUUGUCCUGAUCAGCUCGUGGUUAAACACGAGCAAAGAUCUUGUGGUUGGUAACGAGCAAAAAUCUGUAGCUUUUUGGACAAGAAUUGCCGCAUUUUUUGCGGCAAGUCCUCUGGUUGCUGGCUGCGAAGAGAGGGAGGCUAAACAUUGCAAGCAGCGAUGGCAUAGGAUAAACGAACUUGUGUGCAAGUUCUGUGGUGCUUAUGAAGCUGCUACUAGGGAGAAAGCUAGCGGCCAGAACGAGAACGAUGUUUUGAAGCUUGCACAUACAAUUUUUUACAAUAACCACAAGAAGAGAUUCAAUCUGGAACACGCUUAG